AAACCACUGGUUUGAACCAUAAACGACAUACAGAUCCACAGAUUAUCCAGACCAACCCAAUUACCUUAAAUUUGUUGGAAGCCAAUCGUUUAAGCCAACAAACUCAGAAAAUUCACAUUAAAAAAAAAAAAAAACAAAAAAAAAAAGGUCUCCUCUCUUCUUUCACAUACACAAAAGUAAAAAAAAAAAAGGAGGUGCAAAGGAGGUGAAAAAAUGGCAGAAAGUGCAGUAAGUUUUCUUCUUGACAACCUCACCCCGUUGCUGCAAAACGAGAUGCAACUUCUUUCCAACGUCCACGGACAAGUUCGGUACAUCUUGGAUGAACUAGAGACCAUCAAGGCCUUCCUAAGGGUUGCUGAUGCAAAGCAAGAAAGCAAUCCAGGUCUCAAAAUCUGGGUUGAGCAAGUUAGAGAUGUUGCUUAUGACAUGGAGGAUGUUGUUGAUGAAUUCAUGCUUCAUCUUAUAUAUUACCAUGACUCUGGAUUCUGUUCCUUUUGUCAUAGGCUUUAUUACUUUCUCAGAAGCCUGAAAGCUCGCCAUCGAAUUGCUUCAGAUAUGCAACUAAUCAAGUCCAGAGUCAAUAGCGUCUCAAAGAGUUAUCGAAGAUUCAACCUGGACAUACCAAGGUCGAGAUCUAAAGCCUACAGGCAACUGCCUAGUCAAGGAGAUGCACGUCUGCUUGAAGAAGCUGAUUUAGUUGGAAUCGGCGAACGCAAAAAGCAUCUGAUGGAGUGGCUUUUGAACAAUGAAACCGGACGCCAAGUGAUUUCAGUGGUUGGAAUGGGAGGGUUGGGGAAAACAACCUUGGUGAAUCAAGUCUAUAAAGAUCCAAAAGUGAGGAAACGUUUCAAGGUUCAUGCUUGGAUCACUGUUUCUCGAUCAUACAAAAUUGAUGAUCUCAUAGAGGACAUGGUUCAACAGAUUUUCACCGUGAUAGGGAAACCAGUACCUCAAGAAGUUUCUAACAUGAACAGAGAUCGGAAAAGAGAGACAAUCAAAGAUUUUCUGCAACAAAGUAGGUAUCUUAUUGUUCUCGAUGAUGUAUGGGAUGUGAAAUUUUGGGAUACCAUCAAGCUUGCAUUGCCUAGCAGCAACAAAUAUGGUAGCAGAAUUAUGGUGACUACCCGGAAUGCUUCCUGUGUGGAAAUUCAUGAUAAGGUUUACAAUUUGGAGCCAUUAUCUCCGGAAGAGUCCUGGGGUCUUCUCUGUAAGAAGACAUUUCAGGGAAAACCAUGUCCUAGUAACUUGGAGGAAAUCUGUCAUUGUAUCUUGAACAGGUGUGGAGGAUUGCCUCUGGCAAUUGCGGCCAUAAGUGCGGUUUUAGCUACGAAAGACCAGGCAAAUAUUGAUGAAUGGGUAACGCUUUCUCGCACAUUUGGUCCUGAAAUGGGAGAGAAUUCCAGAGUUGACAACAUGAAUAGAGUACUCUCCCUCAGCCUCAAUGAUCUUCCAUACUACCUGAAAUCUUGUUUCAUGUACUUGAGCAUGUUUCCUCCUUUUCAAAAGAUUGAAACUAUGACAUUGAUCCGGCUAUGGAUAGCUGAAGGGUUUGUGAUUGAAAAGGAAGGGAUAACCCCAGAAGAAGUUGCAGAGGGUUAUAUCAAGGAGCUCUUGGACAGGGGUUUGAUCCAAGUUGCAGGUACAACCAGCUGUGGAAGGAUCAAAUCUUGCAAGGUACAUGACCUUUUGAGGGAGAUUGCCAUUCAGAAAUCAAAGGACCAAAAUUUUGGAGUAGUGGUAAAAGAGCAAGGAGUAACUUUGCCUGACAAAGUUCGACGUCUAUCAGUAGUUAAGACAUUGCAUAAUGUACAAAACAAGAAUCUUUCCCGACUUCGUUCGUUGUUUGUAUUCAAUGCAGAAGAUUCACUCACCGAAUUCCCCAAAUUGUUUCCCAGAAGCCUUAAGCUGCUUAAGGUGUUAGAGUUGAGAGGUGCACCUAUAGAGAAUUUUCCUGAAGAAGUAUGCAAAUUGUUUUAUCUGAAGUUUCUAGGCUUGAAGAAAACCAAGGUGAAGCAUAUUCCUCGUUCCAUCAAGAAGCUUCAAAAUCUUGAGACAUUGAAUCUCAAAGAUUCAUUUGUCACUGAGUUACCUGUUGAGAUUCUGAGUCUCAAGAGACUUCGCCAUCUUCUGGUAUAUCGUUACCAGAUUGAAUCAUAUGUGCAUUUUGAUUCCAAGAUUGGUGUUAAUGCCCCUGAUGGAAUAGGUUGUCUGCAAUCGCUUCAAAAGCUCUGUUUCAUAGAGGGAAAUCAAGAAAACUUGACAGAGUUGGGGAAGUUAAACCAGUUAAGGAGAUUAGGCAUUGUAAAGUUCAGAGAAAGAGAUGGUUCUGCUUUAUGUUGUUCAAUCCAAAAGCUGAUCAAUCUUCGUUCAUUGUCCAUCACUUCAGAAGAGAAGACCGAUAUAAUUGAUCUGCAACACAUUUCUUCUCCACCUCAGUAUCUCCAACAUCUAUAUCUGGCAGGACACAUGGAAACACUACCUCAGUGGAUCAAUUCUCUUCAAAACCUUGCUAAACUGUUCCUGAAAUGGAGCCGGUUGAAAGAGGAUCCUCUAGUUCACCUUCAACAUUUGCCUAAUCUUAUGCACCUUGAAUUCCUUCAGGUUUAUGAGGGAGAGAGCUUGCAUUUCAAAGCAGGAGGGUUUCCAAGUCUCAAGAUAUUAGGCCUUGACAAACUAGAUGCAUUGCAAUCGGUGACAAUAGAUGAAGGAGCAAUACCUCAUCUCGAAAGGCUGACGUUUCAGCGCUGUAAAUUGUUGAAGAAGGUACCUACAGGUAUUGAGUUCUUGACCAACUUGAAGCUUCUUGAGUUCUUCGAUAUGCCAGAUGAAUUGAUCAUGAAACUACGUCCAGACGGAGGAGAAGAUCAUUCAAAAGUUGCUCAUGUUUCAGCUGUAUAUUCUGUAUACUGGUUAGGUGAUGGUUGGGAUGUUUUCUCUUUAGAAAGGUUCACGGAAAGGGAUACUUCACCUCAGCCCUACCCUGAAAUGAGGAGCUAUCGUAGGAGUACUCUUUGGAAGGUGUAGGAUUUUACUUGGAUUUGUAUUUGUUUCUGCAAAUAUUGAUAGCAGAACUGUGUUUUCUUCUUUAAAAAAAAAAAAACAAAAAAAAAAAAAUUGUUUAUUACUCUGUAUUUAGAGAUAAAUUGUUUAUAGUGGCAGUUUUUUUUUUUUGGCCACUACAAGUAGGUUUUAAUGCAGCGCUACCUGCUGACUGUUAUUGUUUAAUAUUUGGUACAAUAAAUUUGCUAUAUCUUUAAUUUUGUACAA